AUGUCGGGUAUUCAAAUAGCAAUUGAUCGAGGUGGGACAUUUUGUGAUGUCAUUGCCAAAAUCCCCAAUCAACCAGACUACUAUUUCAAGCUUUUAUCAGUAGACCCCGCCAAUUACAAAGAUGCACCCACUGAAGGUAUUAGAAGGGUAUUGGAGAAAGCCACCGGUACCUCCAUCCCCAAGAGUGAAAAGUUAAACUUGGACUUGAUUCAAAGCAUAAGAAUGGGAACCACCGUUGCCACCAAUGCCUUAUUGGAGCGUAAAGGUGCCCACGUAUUAUUAGUCACCACCAAAGGGUUCAAAGACGUGUUGGUCAUUGGAAACCAAACCAGACCCCAUAUUUUUGAUUUGACCGCUAAAAAGUUGGGACAAUUGUAUGAUCAAGUUUUGGAAAUCGACGAAAGAGUAACCAUUGCCGGAUUCAGUGAGGGCGGUGGUGACAAAUUGAAAAUUGACAUCAAUUCAGAUCCAGAAUUACGCGAAAGUGUAACUGGUGAUGCCGUCCGUGUUGUCAAGGAACCAGACUACGACCGCGUUGAGCAAGAUUUACGCAAUAUUUACCGCCAGGGAAGAAUUAAAACAAUUGCAUUGUCCUUGUUGCAUUCUUAUGCAUACCCACAACACGAGGCCAAGAUUGCCGAAAUCGCCAACAAGAUUGGGUUCAACGUUUCCGUGUCCCAUAUUUUACAACCCAUGCUCGGGUUUGUUAACCGUACUUCGUCAACCGUUGCUGAUGCUUACUUGUCUCCUAUCAUCAACGAAUAUAUUCAAAAUUUCGGUGAUGGUUUUGAAGGUGGUUUGAAUGCUUUUGGUAACAAGUUGUUGUUUAUGCAAUCAAAUGGUGGACUUUGUCCUUGGUACAAGUUCACUGGGUUGAAAGCAAUCUUGUCUGGUCCUGCUGGAGGUAUGGUUGGUUUCGGAGAAACCUGUUAUGACAGCAAGUCUGGAAAAGCCACUCUUGGUUUUGACGCCGGUGGUACUUCUACCGAUGUCUCAAGAUACUCCGGUAAUCUUGAACAUAUUUAUGAUACUGUUGUCAGCGAAGUUAGUUUACAAACACCCCAAUUGGACAUUUCUACUGUGGCUGCAGGUGGUGGAUCCAUGUUAUUCUGGAAAAAUGGUAUGUUUGUCACGGGGCCAGAAUCAGCUGGAUCCGACCCAGGACCGGUAUGCUAUAGAAAGGGAGGACCUUUGACUAUUACCGAUGCCAAUUUAUUCCUUGGUAGGUUGUUGCCUGAUUUCUUCCCCCACAUCUUUGGCCCUAACCACGAUCAACCAUUAGAUUAUGAAUUGACUGCCAAGAAGUUCCAGGAAUUAACCGAAGAAAUCAACAAGGAUAAGCUUUCUCAAGUCAAAUUAAGUCCUGAGGAAGUUGCCACUGGGUUUUUGAAAGUUGCGGUUGAAUCAAUGGCCCGUCCAAUUAGAACCUUGACUGAAGCUAAAGGAUUUGAUACUAGUGAUCACAAUUUAGCCUGUUUUGGAGGUUCAGGCGGUCAAUUUGCCGUUGAAUUAGCCAAGAAUUUAGGUAUUACUCAUGUUGCCAUUCACAAAUAUUCUUCAUUGUUAUCGGCAUAUGGAAUUCAAUUAGCCGAUAUUGUUAUUGAAAAACAAUCUCCCGCUUCAUUUACCUAUAAUGAACUGUACUUUGCUGAUAUUUCUUCCAAGAUUGAAGGUUUAGUCGAAGCAGCUUAUCAAGAUUAUAAGGAGCAAAACUUGACCGAUUUCAAUACUAGAUUGGAAGUUUACUUGAAUAUGAGAUAUGUUGGGUCUGAUACUCAUUUAUUAAUUCCGGUAAACAAAGGUGAACAUGAUGCUGAUACCAAGUUUAUCACUCGACACAAAAAUGAGUUUGGAUUCAAUUUAGAUAGAAAUGUUUUGGUGGAUGAUGUUCAGGUUUUGUUACAUGUUGAAUCUUAUGAUAAAGAAGAUAUCAAUCCCUACGAAGAGUACAAUAAUUUAAGUGAUCGUCAAGUCAUCACCAAGUCGGAAACUCAACGUAAUAUUUACUUUGAGUCUGAUGGUUGGUUACAAUCUUCAGUUUAUCAGUUACCUCAAUUGACUGCAGGUAGUAUCGUCCAAGGACCAGCAAUCAUUAUCGAUGAUACUCAGACUAUUCUUGUUGAUCCUAAAUCCAAAGCUGCUAUUCUUAAAAGUCACAUUUUGAUUAUUGUUGAGCAAGAAUCCAAACGUCAAUUAUCGACCCACACAGUCGAUCCAAUUCAAUUAUCAGUUUUUGGCCACAGAUUUAUGUCAAUUGCCGAACAAAUGGGAAGAACAUUGCAACAAACGGCAAUCUCCACCAACAUCAAGGAAAGAUUGGAUUUCUCAUGUGCCAUCUUUGACAAUCAAGGUGAUUUAGUAGCUAAUGCACCUCAUGUGCCUAUCCACUUGGGUGCAAUGUCAUUUGCAGUUAAAUCGCAGAUUGAAAUAUGGAAGGGCAAGUUGGAACAAGGUGACGUAUUGGUUUCGAAUCAUCCAAAAGCUGGGGGAAGUCAUUUACCAGAUAUAACCGUAAUUACUCCUGUGUUGGAUAAGAAUAACAAUCCUAUUUUUUGGACCGCUUCUCGUGGCCAUCAUGCUGAUAUUGGAUCUAUUUCUGCUGGAUCGAUGCCACCAAAUUCGAAAACUAUUUAUGAUGAGGGUGCUUCCAUAGUUUCUCACAAGUUGUGCUCCAAGGGUGUUUUCGACGAGGCUGGCAUAACGAGAAUAUUGUAUGAUGAACCAAGUAAGUAUCCCGGUGGAUCAGGAACAAGAACUCUCAGUGAUAACAUCUCAGAUUUGAAAGCUCAGGUAUCAGCAAAUUACAAAGGUAUUACAUUGUUGGAGAGAUUAGUUGAUGAAUUUAGUUAUGACGUGAUUAAUCUUUACAUGGGAGGUAUUCAAUCUACUGCAGAAGUUGCCGUGAGAAACUUGCUUCGUAUCGCAUACAAGAAAUUUGGUGGUAAUCAUUUGAAAGGUGUUGAUUACUUGGAUGACGGGACUGCCAUUGCGUUGGAAGUUACUAUUGAUUAUGAAUCCGGUGAUGCUAUUUUUGAUUUCACGGAAUCGGGUGAUGAAAUCUAUGGUAAUUUGAAUGCACCAACAGCAAUCUUGUACUCGGCUGUAUUAUAUGUGUUGCGUUGUUUGAUAAGUACUGAUAUUCCAUUGAAUAAUGGUUGCUUAAAACCAAUCAAGUUCAAAACUAGACAAGGAUCCGUGGUGAAUCCAUCGUUUGAAGCUGCUGUUGUGGGAGGUAAUGUUGAAACCAGUCAACGUAUAGUUGAUGUUAUUCUCAAGACAUUUGAAGCUGCAGCAGCAUCACAGGGUACCUGUAACAACUUUACCUUUGGUAUAAGCGACAAGCAGGUAUCAUUUGGAUAUUAUGAAACCAUAUGUGGUGGUUCAGGCGCUGGACCGGGAUGGAACGGUCAAUCGGUAGUGCAAUGUCACACCACAAAUACCAGAAUCACCGAUACUGAGUUAUUUGAAAAGAGGUAUCCUGUGUUAGUACACGAAUACUCAGUGAGAACUGGUUCUGGUGGUGAUGGAUUGUAUAAGGGAGGCAAUGGUGUCAUCAGAGAUAUCGAAUUCUUGUAUCCUAAUUUAGAAGUUUCUUGUCUCAUGGAAAGAAGAUCAUUGCCACCAUUUGGAAUAUGUGGAGGUAAGGAUGGUUUACGAGGUGAGAACCACUGGUUUAUCAAAGGUGAAGAUGGUCAAUAUAGAAAGAAGUAUCUUGGUGGGAAAUGUACCGUUAGAAUUGGUAAGGGGGAUAGAAUUGUUAUCAAGACUCCUGGAGGGGGUGGGUUUGGUGAACAAACUGGUGAAGAUGCAGCUAGCUAUCCCAUACAGAGUACCAAACCAAGUGUAUUGACGGGGUCAGUGGGGAUGAGAACUCAUAUUCAAGAAACCAACUAG